AUGGCAAUUCAGUAUUAUGAAAACGUCUUCGACAUUGAAAGAAAUCCAGGAUAUAUACUGGACGAAUCAGACGUAUACUUUAAUUCAGGAGAUGCUCAUAGAUUAAACAAUCAGAUUCAAACGGCAAUUCAGUAUUAUAAAAAAGCCUUAGAAAUUGCACAAAAACAAGGGUAUAAACAAGGGGAAACAAACGCAUAUCUUGAGUUAGGAUAUGCUUAUAGAUUCAAUAAUCAGACUCAAAUGGCAAUUCAACACUAUGAAAAAGCCUUGAAAAUUGCAACAGAACGAGGAUACAAACAAGAGGAAACAAACGCAUAUCUUGGGUUAGGAGAUUCUUACAGGUUGAACAAUAAGAUUCAAACGGGCAUUCAACACUGCAAAAAAGCUUUAGAAAUUGCAACAGAACGAGGAUAUAAACAAGAAGAAACAAACGCAUAUCUUGGGUUAGGGCAUGCUUAUCGAUUGAACAAUCGGAUUCAAACGGCAAUUCAAUACUAUGCACAAGCCUUGGGAAUUGCAAUAGAACGAAGAUAUGAACAAGAGAAAACAAACGCAUAUCUUGGAUUAGGGCAUUCUUAUAGAUUGAACAAUCAGAUUCAAACGGCAAUCCAACACUACGAAAAAGCCUUGGAAAUUGCAACAGAACGAGGAUACAAACAAGAGGAAACAAACGCAUAUCUUGGGUUAGGAUAUGCAUAUAGAUUGAACAAUCAGAUUCAAACAGCAAUUCAACACUAUGAAAAAGCUUUGGAAAUUGCAACAGAACAAGGAUAUAAACAAGAAGAAACAAACACAUAUCUUGGGUUAGGACAUGUUUACAGAUUAAGCAAUCAAAUUCGAACGGCAAUUCAACACUAUAGACAAGCCUUGGAAAUUGCAAGAGAACGAGGAUAUAAACAAGAGGAAACGAACGCAUAUCUUGGGUUAGGAUAUGCUUGUAAAUUGAAGAAUGAGAUUCGAACGGCGAUUCGACACUUUGAAAAAGCCUUGAAAAUUGCAGCAGAACGAGAUUAUAUACUUCAAGAAAACUUGACAAGAAAUGAAAUUAAAGUAUUGUCAAAAAGUGCAGGUAAGCUUAGCAACCUCCUAUACCCAGAGUUUUCUUGUUGCGAAGGAAAGCCAUGCAUGGUAGUAUAGCUGUACACGUGACCUGCUCAAACCUAACAGAGUUUUAAUUAGCGCUCUGCAAAUUUGGAAGGGAGGGAAUGUACUAUUUGCACGAGUUUUGCCAUGUGCAUGUGAAAGUUUUGUUUUCUCCAAUAAACAUGACAAAAAUCUGAUUUUAGAUGUCAGGUUGGUAAGGUUAUAUAUAGCUAAGAAACAAAAAAAUCAAUAUGGCACUUGACUUGCAAUUUUCAAAUUUUCUGCAAAUAAAAAUUUGUUGCGUUGAAGAGCAAUUUCGUGAUUGAUAGUCAGUAAAAUCCCAAAAUAAAGCGCGAGUUCGUCAAAUGUUCGAACUAUCAAACCGCAAAUUCCCAUAUACACCUUGGUUAAAAACUUUCAUGUUAACAGAAAGAGAUAUACAGAUGAAAGAAACUGACUGACCUCAUAAAAAAUAUCUAAUGAUUCUGACAAACAUUGAAGGAUUAUGUUUUGUCCUCGCUGCUUCAAGUAGCUGAUAACGUUUAUUUGACCAUGACGGAAUUUUCAAUACCUGGAAUAAUUUCAAUACCUAGAAUGAUAUUUCAGUUUUUUGAAAAAAAAACAGUAACUAUAAAAGAGAAGAUUAAAAUAAAAAAUAAACAUAAUUACCCUUGGAAGCUUUGAAAAGUUGCAGUUCGUUUGAUUCGCCUUUUUACAUAUCUACAUGUAAAUAUUAUUUCAUAUUAUUUUAUAAAACAUAGCACACGCUUUAUCGAACUCUCUUCUUGUUUCAACGUUUUAAAUAGUUCGAGAAGUUAUGGAAGCUUGGGUUAAUAUGACUGUAUUUUUAAACUUUAGAUUUAGAUGCAGUCGUUAAAAGCUAUUAUACUGAUGGUGUUAACAUAUCCGAUACAUCAGACAAGGCUCUGCAGCUUCAGGACGAUACUGCUGAAUAUGUGACGCUAACAGACAUUAAAAACGAAAAUAUCAGAGAUGAUAGAAUUGCGUCUGCCGAACAGUUAUUCAUUUUAGGACAUUGUUACCAAACGGAAGGCCAAAACGAAGAGGCAAUCAAAAGCUACGAACAAGCAGUUCAAAUUGCGGAUGAAAUAGAUCACAAUGAAACCAAAGCAGAAGCCCAUCAGCAUUUGGGAAACGUAUUUACUGGAACUUCUGAAUACAAGAAAGCAAUUGAACAUUACAAGAAAGCACGUAAAAUUUUUCCAGGUCUCAAAUCAGAUGAGAUGGAACUAAUAGCAAAUCAGUGGUUAGGUUACAACCACCUGCAAGCUGGUCAGUACCAAGAAUCAAUAGAGUAUUAUAAUGAAGUGGUGACACUUGCCUCACAGCUUGGAUGCAAAACGAGAGAGGUCAAUGCAAACAUGGGAUUAGGAAGUGCGUUCAGUUAUAUUGGCAACUUUGAAUUCUCAGAAGAGUAUUUCGUAAAAUCCAUUAUACUGGCAGAAUUGUGUAAUGACAAAGGUCUUGAAAGAGAAGCUCAUACAAACCUGGGACACAUAUACUACAAGAGUUGUAAGUUCGAUGCUGCUGUCAAAUCGUAUAUCAAAGUUCAAGAAAUGUCUCACGAUCUUGGUGAGAGAAAAGCAGAAGCCAACGCCUGUCUCAUGCUCGGUCACACUUUUCGACAAUUAAAGCAACAUGAGAAAGCCAUUGAAUCUUAUCUAAAAGCGGUAAACAUUAAUAAAGAACGGGAAGAUAAAGGAAACCUAAGAAAUAGUUCCGAGAAAGCUCAAGAGGCAAUUAUAAAUGAGUGGUGCGGAUACUGUUGCAAUUUUAUUGCUGGUCAACAUCAAGAAGCAAUAACAUUUUAUGAGAAAGCGAAGGAAAUUGCAAAACAAGUUGGAGAAAAAUAUCAAGAAUAUCGCACAAACCAAGCUAUCGGAAAUAUCGUCUGCAAUAUUGGUAAUUAUGCGAAGGCGAAGGAAUAUUAUCAAGAAGCUUUGACAAUUGCUAUGGAACUUGGUGAUAGGCACUCUGAAGGAACAUCAUGUUUAAAUUUGGCAUCAGUUUGUAGCAAAGAUUGUGAUUACGAGAUUGCGGUAGAAUGGUACGAAAAGGCUGCGGAUAGUUUAACGAUCAUGUUUAAUGAUCACGUUCUGAAAAAGAAGGCUCAUAUUGGCUUGAGUGUUGCCUGGUUUAAUCUUGGAAAUACUAAAAAAGCAAUUGAAUCAAUUCGAAAGGUUAAACCGUCCAAGGAGCACACCGUCCAAGGUAAUUAUUUCGGAUAAUAUUAAAAUAUAAAUAGUGAAAAUAAGGGGAAGUAUACAAGGCAAGUAUUGCAUAUUGAAGUUUUAAAAUUCUGAAAACUGUUUAUCUCUGUCAUUAUAUAUAGAUCAUCCCAACGUUGACCUUACGCACCAGCGCAGAAAAUUUGGAAAGGAAAUGUCGUCUUUACAAACAUCAGGUAAGUUCAAUUGAAAACUUCGUGCAAUAUAGAUAUGGCGCAAUGUUUGUUUAGCGACGAAAUUCAGAUAUGCUGCAACAGCGACUUAUCAUGUACUUCCAUAGUUUGCUUUGUGCUACAUUAAAAUUAUGUUAAUUACAUUCUAAUUUGAUGUUUGUGAUGUUACUCUGAAUGUGCAUCCACACCAGGCAAGCCGAAAGUGGGAAUCGAACCCGCGACCUUUGGGGUACCAGUCUGUUCCAAAAUACCACACACACGAACAGAUUUGGCCUCGUAACUCAGUUGGUGGAGCAUUGGACUAGUAUCCCGAAGGCCGCGGGUUAGAUUCCCACCGUGGUCAAGCAAACUUUUCGGCUUGCCCGCUACGGAUGCACACUCAGAGUAACAUAAAAAACAUCAUAUUCACCCGAGUACAUAACUGCAACACACAAAUCUACAUUCUAAUUUAAUUGGAUAUUUUUACUUCGGAAAAAUUUUGAAUGUUAGGUACCUGUGUAUGUAGCAACGAAUACAAUUUGCAGGAUGUGUAUAAGAAAGAACUAUAAUACAUCGGUAACGUGGGUCGAGAAAACAGAUAUUUUGUCAUUUUGAAACAAAAGCGAUCACGUGAAAAGAACAAACCAAUCAGAUAGAUUUAAUCAAAACAACAUAAAAAAAGUGAAAAUGUAAAUCACAUUGACAUUAAAUGAUAAAUUAAACACAAUACAAAAAAUAUAUAAAAACAAGUAUGAAGCAAGGUGGGGUGGGACAGCACUGUCAAUGUCUAUUCUGCUGACGUUAGGCAAGGCAGAUUAAAGUGAAGAGUGUGAAAAACACUUCUAUGCGAGUUGUAUUUAGUUAAGUUUAGUUGCACUUGAAAGUUAAUAUGUAGAUAUAUUGUGAAACUGAACAAUUGUAAUAGUUAAUGCCAGUCAAUAAAAUAUAGAUGUUAAUCAGGUUAUGACAGGAACACCAUGCAUGUUUCAUGUUAACAUUCAUUUUUACUCACUAUAUUUAUGUUUAUCUGUACAAUAGAUUCUCGUACAGAGACAGAAAUGAAAGGAUUUCAAACAGCAGGGCCAGUCACAGGUAGAAUUCAAAAAUCAUAUUCAUUUCACUCUUGCAAGUGUGCAUGUUGUGUAUACUACAAGUAAUCAAUUCCUGCCAAAUUGCAUGGUGAAAAAUAAAUGUAAUACCCGCGGAGUUAACUGAUAAAUUUAGAAUUAAAUAUAGAAAGUAUAACUGCGUAGGAACAAAAAAAUUUCAUUGAUGCAUGAAGUUUGACUUUAAUCUUUUAAGGUGAAUUAGAAUGGGUAAACUUGGUUGAUGAAAAAGCAUGUUACUCAAGCAGAAGAGAACAGUUACCAAAUGAAGACUUGGCUCGUCUUGAAAAACACAUCAAAGACUUUCAUCGUUUGUACGUGUAUACUCAUCGAGCAUCGAGCCAGGAUAUUUUUACUGAGAAACUUCGUAAAUCCAUGACAAGGAAUGUUAAGUCGUCAGCUUACCGAAACCUGUUAAAUUCGGAGAAUAGAGAUAAAUUUGGAAAAAAAGAUGGAAAAUUUGUACGUAACGAUAAACACGUUUUCAACUUCGCAAAAGAAGACCUAUUAAACAAUGCUUCGACCAAAAUGCCUGCAAGAUUGUUGGAGCCCCUUAGUUUUUACUCCAAAUCUAUUGGUCAAAUUUCGUGUGGAACAAUUCAAGGAACUUGUUGGCUUGUGAGAGACACGUUGGUAAUAACUAACCAUCAUGUUUAUAUGAUGAUCAACACAGAAAGCGAGAAACUGCAAAUUCCCGACUUGCCCAUCACAGUUACAUUUGAUUAUUUGCACCCUGGACAAAGAGAACAUGUUGUCACUGUAGAAGUUGAUGAAGAACGAGAUCCCCAGCUAGAAAGUUGUCGGUUGGAUUAUAAAUUUUUACGUUUGAAAGAAAACGAAUGUCUUGAAGGUCGUGUUCCGCUUGGCCCAAUAAUUCGAUCUGGUCCAUUACAAGAAGGUCUUGUUACUAUCGUUGGUCAUCCAGCAGGAAGCGAAAUGCAUGUAGAAACAUGCGUCGUUGUACGGAGUCAGUCGUGGCGUGAGAAGCUGGAUCAAAGGCAUGAGGUUUAUGCUGGUUUGCAUAUGACCAAUGCAGAACUACUGGACUCUACCGAAAGAUAUAAAAAUUGUCUGCCCUACGACACAAGUUUCUUUUCUGGUGCUAGUGGCUCUCCUGUUUUUGAUCUGAAUGGAAACAUUGUCGCUAUGCAUACGCAGGGAUACACACUAAACGUUGAAGACGGACAGUGUUCCUUGAUGGAGUUUGGUGUCCAGUUCAAUGCAAUUUGUGACGACAUGAAAAGACGGCACAUUGACGUUAAAGAGUUAUUUCCAAAUCAUAAUUUGGAUGUCGAUGAACAAUCGAUGAAUCAAGGUAAGUUUUACUCCACAAAUAUAAAGACAGAAAUUCCUUGUUUAAUUAUAUAAAAUUCAUGGAAUAUAUUAAAGUCUGAAAAUAUAAGCGCAAUUAUUGUUAAUGUUUAGGAGAGAUUGUUUAAUAUAAGCGGUGUUAACGUAUCAAAGCUGAAAUGCUAUCGACGAAACACGGUUUCCAAACCAGUGCAUGCUGUAACUAUUUUGAUGGUUCCAUUUUUUAAUAUUUUCACAUUACUAAUUAUUCAUGUUGGCACGGUAGAAUGCGGUGCAAGUUCUAAAUUUUCCUGUAAAUAUAGUUUAGGUAAAAUAGAUAAACUGCCUCGUGUAACAUUGCCGAAAAUUCACGUUUGUCAUGAGUAUUUUUCUAGAUGUAGAUCCACUUCUAAAUGUAGUCUAUUUCUAAAUGUAGAUCUGCAGCGUGAGAAUAAUAUGAAACAAGUUUUUCAUAUAUCUGAGGAUGGUUCUGAAACAGAACUUUAUCACUCUAAACAGAAUUGGCUAACGUUUGUUUACACCCAAUUCCCAACUUUGGAUAACGCAUACGCCUAGCUACAAUUUGUUCUAGUUUACGAAAGUACAUAAUAAAACAAAGGUGACUAAGCAUUAGAAUUAUGUACAUAGGUGAAUAACUCUUAUACAUAAUCCUUGUGCUUAGUUACAGUACCUUUGUUCAAUUCCCAUGCAUGCUUCCGUUAACUGGAACAAUAGUAACUGGGUACGUGUGUUUUCUAAAGUUGUGAAUAAACCUUGUGCAUAAUGACGUCACAAGGCUUGAUGGAAUACUGGUCUUAGUAGUCAUUGCCCGCGAAAAUUAAACAAUUCAAUAUGUCUACUGUCAACAUUUUCCCAGGCCAUGACUACAAAGACCAGCAUCCCUCGCGGGCAUCAAGCCUUGUGACGUCAUUAUGCAUAAGGUAUAUUUGGUAGCAACGACCUUAACAAGCGUUAGUCCAAUUUUUAUGUUGUACUAAAAUGUUAUGAUUGUUUGAAGAAAUAAAAUUGUGGUUUGUUGCCCAUAAAAUGGAAAGAGAACUGAAACUCUGUUCUUUUUUAAGACGUCCUAAAAAAAACCCAGCUUUUGGCCUGCAAACUUUAACAUCAGCGUGAAAUAAAUAUUUAUUUGCAUGGUACUUUCAAUCAUUCUAAGUUGUUACGUAAUCUUUCUUACAAAUACAGAAACCGGGCCGAAACGUGAGGGAAUGAAAGAUAAAAAGGAAAUCUGGUUUAAAGCUACUUUCCUUGACUCCAAACGCAAGCUGAAAGAUGAAGUUCACGAAGAAUUAAGAAGGUAUCAAUAUUUAACAAACUUUUUCUAAUUGUUGUACAACAUCGUAAUGGCAUGGGCAAUGACGAAUCUGUGUUGUCGGUAAAACUAAUCUAUCGCAAUUUCAAUUAAGUUUGAAACAAAGUCUGUCAAUACUCUUUCGAAAACUUGAAAAAUUAAAAAAACUUUCAUUAAAGCGUCUGUUAUAAUGAAAUGAUGUUUUAUAUCAUCAACAAAACAUUUUGACGCCCUGGUCGGAGGCGUGUUGACAAAUUGUUGCGACUACUAGUAAUCAUUGUUCUAGUUUACGACGACAUCGGAUAUAUAACAAUUACGCCAUUCAUGUUUCGCUCGCUACUCUGGUUUAAAUAAAUGAUUACAAAGCCUAGUCGAUUUUCAUUUAUUGAAACCAGAGUAGCGAGCGAAACAUGAUUGAUAUACCUGGUUGCAGUGAACGAACAAACUUUAAAUUACGCCAUUUAUAGUAAUUUACUCGCAUGUUUACCGUAUAGCUUCGCAUAGCGUAAAUAUAUAGCAACUCCUUUUUCGAAGACAUAAUAUUCAUAUGAAAGUAAAAUUGCCAACUAAAUCUGGUAACCGUUUUCGCAUUACUAACAUGGCAUUGCUCUAUAUACACUGUAGUUUUCCUUGGUUGUGUGGAGCAUAUGGGCUGACCGCUCCAACAAAAAAGAUCGCUCGUCCACAUAUUUAUCUCACAGUUAAAAGAGGAAUGAAGAAAUCGGAUGUACGACGCGAUCUUGAAGAUAAGUUUAAGUGUGACGCAAAGGAAUACUUUGAACUCCUUCAAGAACCCAAAAGAAAACCAAAAAUCAAAUUAUUAGGGCGAGAACGAAACAAGGUGACAUCGUCUGUCACAUCAGUCAAAGCGGUAGCCGGUGGUGGCGUAUUCGCUUGUAUUAAGAACAGUUCUAACAAUUCAAACCCUCUACGAGUGCUAGAAGAAAACGAAAGAGAGGACAUACCCGUUGCACAGGGAACUGGGACUUUAACCAUGUUUUGCACCCAGGAUGAACAGCAUUACGCACUUACUUGCUUUCACGUCGGUUGUGCAACUGAUGAAAACUGUUUGAACGCGACAUUAAAUGAAAAGGAAAAUAUUCAGGCGAUCCGGAGUUCACUUCCAAUUUAUGAAGAGCAUGCUAAGGAACAGCAGUAUUAUUUUGCAGAAAGGGUGGCCGUAGAGAACAACAACGAACCCAUUACGUUUGCAGACGAUGGAAGCAACUACACGCGCCUCGGUGAUUUUCACAAUUAUCAAUUUGAUAGUAAAUGUGACAUUCUGUCUCUAAAGGUUUCAAAGGACACUAAAAUUGAUUGCAAAAUAUUGGAUAUAACUUCUCCGAAAUGGAAAAAUAUAUGGCAUGAAUACUAUGAGAGAGUCUUCAGCACUGGUCGCAAUCCUGUGAUGGUGGAGAAAAGAAGCUUUUCGUCGGCUGAGACUUACGGUCAUAUUGUUCCAUGCGAUUAUAGUAGUGAAUUCUUAUUCCAGGAUGCAAUCGUUGUUGAGGGAUGUAGUAGUCCGUUUCUGAAAGGUGGGGACUCAGGUUCUCUUGUUUUCCUUCAUGACAAGAAUGAUCAGAAACAAGUUCUUGCCUAUGGUGUUUGCGAAUUGGACGAGCUUCCCGCCUUAAUUAAACAGCGCGAGUCAACAAGCUUACCUUCGCAUGGAAACGCCCAACCAGCACAGCCAGCGACCUCCGUCGAUGACGAUAGUGACAGCAGUAGUAUUUGGAGUUGGGAAGAUUAUUCCGGCAGCUCUAAUGAAGACGAAGCUGUGGAUGAAUGCGUGGAGGAAACUGAACAUAACGAUGAACGCUCUGAAAUUGAAGAUACAAUUAAAUGUCAGAAAGAUAUUGAGUGUGAAAACGAAUUUGAAAACAUAAAUAAGCGUGAAAGUGGCGAAAAUAAUGAAUGCAAAGCGAAAUGUGAAGAAAAAAAUAUAUAUGAAUGUGAAGAUCAGAAUAAAAGUGAAGAUCAGAAUAAAAGUGAAGAUGAAAGUGGAGAUAAUAAAUAUGACGAUGACGCAGAUGACCAAUCUGAUUUCGAAGUUGUAUUCCAGGAGGAAAGUACGGGGCCAUACUUUAUCUGUUUAAGAUUAGAUACCGCUUUGGAAAACUUGGGGCUUGACAAGGCAGCUUGUUAUAGCGAUUGUGGUAGUAACUGAAAAUCGUACUAUUUCUGUAGUCUGUUGACAAAAUGCAUGAAUAUAUAUAU